CGUCGAGUAGUUGCCGGGGCGGCCAAGUAUUUCACGCUUUCCGCAAGGUCGAAGAGGAAACAAACCCCAAAUUCUCACAUUGCAAGUUGUACAAACAAAACAAUUAAAACGUUUGAAUAAGCGAGAAUAGUUUUAGUACACACGAUUAUCAUAAUAGGACGGCUAGUACAAGUUGACACGCCCUCAUUUGCAGACAUACUUGGAAGGAAAUCCUGGGAUUACCAUGGCCAGUUUGCUUAAAGAUCUGAUUCGACAAUAUGAAGAAGCAAACCAAACGCUGAUCCACGCACCAAGAACUGGUUCCUGGUUGAAGAUUCACCAUGGCCUGUAUGGAUUCUUACUGCGCUGUACCUAGUCAUUGUUAUUGUGGGGCCACAUCUUAUGCGUAAUCGUCCAGCCUUUGAUCUGAAAUGGUUCAUGGUGAUUUACAACCUGGGAUUGGUGGCUUUAUCUUUGUAUAUGUUCCUCGAGGUUCUACUGAGUGUCUGGGAUGCAGAGUAUGACUUACUUUGUUCUGUCUACAACAAGAACAGCUGGACCAACCCAAAAGAAUUAAGAGUGGCAAAUGUACUGUGGUGGUACUUUUUCUCUAAAGCAAUUGAGUUCAUGGAUACAGUGCUCAUGGUCCUUCGCAAGAAGAAUGAGCAGAUAACCUUCCUCCAUGUGUUUCACCAUGCUAGCAUGCUCAACAUUUGGUGGUGGACUCUUAUGUUCAUUCCUGGCGGAAUGUCUUGGUUUGGUAGCUGCAUGAACUGCUUGGUGCAUGUGGUGAUGUAUUCAUAUUAUGGCCUCUCAGCGUUGCCAUCCCUCAAGGGAAAGCUGUGGUGGAAACGUUACAUCACCCGCUUCCAGCUGCUGCAGUUUUGCGUGACCUUCACCCACACAGUCAAUUCUAUACGCAUUGGAUGCGAAUUUCCACGUUGGGGGCAGAAUCUUCUCUCUAGCUACAUGGUGUUCAUGCUUUUUCUCUUUGGCAACUUCUACAUCAAUGCAUACAUUAAACGUCGCUCUCACAGACUGAAGAAUGGUGGUGCCAAAGCCAAGGAUAUAUGCUCUUCAUCAUCUGUAGCCAAUGGUAAUGCAAAGACCUCACAAGCCAGCAACUUGCACCGCACAAAGGUUGAGUGAGGAGUGAGUGGCAGUUUUUUGAAUGUAUCUUUUGAAAUGUUGUGACACAGGCACGUGCUUGUGUGAGACCAUGAGAAUUUCAGUGUUUAACAGUUAUUGACUGUACUUUAACAUUACUGCCUUACAAUUUUUAAAAAUUAUUUCAAAGCACGGCCAUGUUAGAGGAGCAGUAAUACAAGAUGGCUUUUGUUUCAGUGAAGCAACAUUUUAGCUGAGGGUGCACGUCAGCUAUGUCUUUUAUAGAUCAGCCAUAGAGCCAAGAGCUAGCAAGAUGUAGUAGCCUACCUCAGACUGAGAUUAGUGUUUUACUGACAGGUGGAAAAACAGACAUGCAGCUUGUUCUGUCUCCUCAGUUUUCCACUCUCUUUCCAUUAGCACCACUGAGAUCAUUUUAUGAUAAGCCUUAUAAGAAUGCACAUUUUUAGCAAGUGCAGUAGCAAAUAUUUAUGGCAGUAUUCCUAAGAGGUGCUUCAUUACAAUACAUUUUGCUAUUAACAUCAAGAACUAAGCUUGAGGUUUUUAUGCUGCAAUGAAGAAUAUAAAAUACUACCACCAAUGUCUCAUAGAAGGUCUACUAUUUUUUGUAUUUGUUUUGUUUGCUUUGGUUUUUUUUUUUUUUUUUGGUUUCAGGUUGUAGUUGGUUCACAAAUACAUUAAUAUUAUCCUCAAAAGAUCAGCUGUAUGUUUAAUCUAGAUUAACUUUAAAAAAUUUGAAGUAGGUUUGAUGUUUUUAAUCACCAGAGCAGUAGUUAUAUUUUAUUUGCUGGAUUCAUUGUGUGCGGUAAACAACAAGAUUGGUUUCAUACCAGACGGUGCAGUUAAAGAAAUCCAUCAUCAUUUUCUACCACUGAAGGUGGGCUCAAAGUGCAGUGCAUAACACCUGCACAUAUAUGAAAGUGCAUAAGCACACACAACAAGCAGGCAUCAAAUGCAUCUUGUGGUCAUUAAUGCCCACAUUCACACUUAAAUGAGUAAACACAAGGUGGAGGAGAUCUAAGGACCCAGAGUAAACCCUCAACAGUCAACCUUAUGAACAGGCAUCGUAUCCAUAGAGAGGAGGAUCAAAGCAAAAUUAAGAAAUUUUUGCAAAAAGGGCUAAAAAUUGAAGGGACAAAAAAAAAAUUUGAAACCCUUUAUAGGAACAAGUUAAAAAGAAAACGCAUUCUAGAUUGUUUCAUAAAUAUAACACAUAACCAAAACAAGCCUGUUAACACUGCUUUACCUUGCAUAGAAGAAAAAAAAAUACUUUGAUCCAUGCAUGUAUCCAUUUUUUUUACUUCUGUUUUCCUGACAUUAGAGAUGUACACUAAUCAACGACAUUCACAUAUGUUUUCAUAAUGACUUCCAAAAACAACAUUUUCUACAGAACACAUCUAGUUUUAUCGUAGGCAGAUAAUCCAUAUAAAACAAAACCAUUGCAUAAAAGACAUUUUUAUAAAGGCUGCAAUAAAACUAAAAUAAUUCACAUCUACAUUGAAACCAGUGUUUUGAGAACUGCAGACUUAACAGGCAUGGAAAUAGCCCAUCCCCUGACAGGGCGGCUAGAAGGGGUAAACAACUAUUUUUGACAACCACUUUGUCUACCCAAAACAUUCACCCUCCUCAAAGAGGGUGAAUGGGAGAAAUGUGGGUGCCACAGUUAAAAGCUCCACCUACACUUUGUCUUCCUCCAAACCUUCCAAGAAGUGCAGUUUACUUCCAGGGUUUUCCCUUACAUAAAAUGCAAAGAGUUUUCAGACCCUCAGUUAAAAUCAAUGGAGACUUUAAACUUCUUUCUACCCCUCCCCUAACUCCUUUGGUAAAAACCUUUACAUCUUUUUCAAAAAAAGCUCACAAUAUGUACACUUGUUAACAUCAUGGACUUUAUCCCUGAUUUCAUCUUUUCAUACAGGUCAUGGAUAUUUGAUAACGAGUAGUGAAAAAUCAGCUUCAUCUCACUUUUAUUACAGUCUUACAUAGACUUCCAACCAUAACUCUGUUUUCAGACCUCCAGUGGGACCUUUUUUUAUGUUUUCAGACAGGCAAAUGUUCUUGAUGGAUUGAAUUACUGUUACAUAAUUAACAUGCAUUUCUGUGCGAUGAAGAACACUGGUGUAGGGCAGUAUUUUGUUGCUUUAAACAUAACUAUAAUAACCAGGAAACCAUGUUUUCUUUACAGUUUCAGGCAAGUUUUUAUCACAUUUAGAAAUCAUAGUACAAAUUAUGUCCAUUUUGUCCAAGAGAGCAACAGAAAUAGGUUUGAAAUCAGUUUCAAAGUAAUUGCAGCCUGGUUUAUAAAUCUUUUGAAGUUUUUUUUUAAAUGACAUUUUAUUUGAUACACAUUUAAUGAAGAUAUUGAAAGCACUGUGGGAGUAUAUAUGUGUACAUGUAUGCAUACCUGUAUUUUGUAUAAUUUAUUCAAUUUGAUGUCUAGUCAUCACAAAAAAUUUCUAGUUGGAGUGCCCCUCUAGUAUUUAAGAGAAAGUAUGAGGUCAUUUAGGUGUUGUCGAUCUUCUACUCAGCAUAAAAUUCAAAGACACAGUAGGAAAGUUUUUAAGAGGAGCGUAUGUUAGUUUUCUGAGAGGCCAUGUUUGUUUUGUUUUUUUAAGAACACAGAUGUUUGUGAGAAGUUUGUUGCUUUUUGCAAUAUAUGCAAGCAGAAGUUACAAUAUUUUGAGGUGUUUGUGUAUCAUUUUCCAUUUUUUUGUGUGUUGCCUCAGUAUUAAAAGGUACAAUUCUCAAUAUUACUUGCUGAGUAACAUUUUAAUGGACCCUCGUUUUCGCUAUUAAACAUUGCUUCUAGUCUGUGGAUAUUUGACCAACAUUGAAAUAUUUAUGCCAGCUGAUAUAGUAAUUAUAGUUAAAAAGCCUAAAAAGUUACAAUAGCUGGUACAGGUCAUUGAAGAAGCUGUUUUGAUGAGUAUCAUAGAUACAAGUAAAAUUUUCAGGAACUUGUGAGACCUGGUUGAUACAUUUUCUGACAAGGCAUAUGAUUAUUAUGUGUUUCAAUUGUAACUUGUGUAAUUGUUGUGAAUGUCAGGCACGUUUGUCCAGUUAUUGAAUAGAUGUAUAGGUUUACCAAAAUUUUCCUUGCAAUUUUGCACAAAGAUCAAAGUAUGAGAAUAUGUGGAUAAGAAUUACAUUUAAUGCCUCGUUCCAGAAAAUCUGUUAUUCUCUUAUAUUUUGAUUUAUAAUUAUUUCCUUAUCACCAGAUGAUAUCAAACAUAGUAUUUCACUUUAAAAUUUCAUUUAUCUUGGCCUUCACCAAAGUGUCACUAGCAGGCAGCCAGAUCACAAAUUUUCUCCCUUUUAUGGGAACAAAGGCUUGGUACCAAUAUCUUUAGAUCUUUUUAAUUUUCGGUCUUUGCUUGUCCUGUUACUAAAUAUUAUAUUUUGUUUUUAGGUACAUUCUCUUAUGAUCAUGUAUGGAGACAGAGGACCAGAUUUCUUAUUUUAUCUUUGAUACAAUUGUGUGUACCAAUGACAAUGGAACUAUGUUAUGUGAACAUGCACAUGCCUUUUAGUUUCACCUUUUGCAAGUAUAAAUUGUGUACUUUUUUUUCAUAGUUAUAUCAGCUGUAAUUACUGAAGGUUAUGAACACUUAAAUUAGUGACAUUAUCCAACCAUUAACACCUGGUGUGGUUUCAAAGUUUACUUUUUUUCCCUGACCAUCCUAAAGUUAAAGAUCACAUCUGAGUUAGGUUGGAGAGCAUUGUGAUCAAUCCAAAUAAUACUACUACCUUGGAUUCAACAGAAUCACUUACCAUUAGGUCACUCUUGAAAUGAUAGUAAAUGGCGCUUCUACUAUCAUGUGAGUCACCUUUGUCACACUAAAAUGUCUACCUCUAACCCAGUGGUCAGUCAUCAGUUGUGUACAAGAUGUCUAUUCACGAUCCACAAUUGAUCUGUGUGUAUACGAUUUUAUCUCUCUCACCUUGCUAUCACAGAACACCUUCACUUUGUAGAUAUAUUUUCUCCUACUUGUCUCUGCAUCUGAACCAGCCUCACAAGAACAGAGAUUGAAAUAUAUUGCUUCCAGUUGAUGCUCUGUUGCUAGAGCGGAGAUUGAAAUAUUGUUUCCACCUGUUUUGCCAUCUUGACCAUUUACAUCAUCUUAAUAGGUGUUGAUCACAUUUCAUCCACCUUUUGUUUGCCACAUCACGUUUACAGUUCCAGAACAUGCUUACAUUUCUCUUACUGCUCUGUGUACUUCUUGACCAGCACUUAUGGUACUGCAUUAACUCUUCUGUUCCUACCACCAGAAUAGCAAAAGUACAUCUGACAGCACAUAAUAAAUCGUGCUCCUGCAUGGUUACUACCAUUGCCUGCUUCUCAGCUACAUUCCAUCAUGGCUUUUUUUUUUAAAAAGGGGCUAGUCCCACUUAACAGUGUUUUGUAUUUUUUUUUUUUUUUUGUAAGCUAUUAAUAUACCCAAGGCCUAAUAAAAUUUGAUAAACAUCUUUACAUGUAGCAGGAAAACUAUUUAACUGAUGAGGGUCUCAUGAAGUACUGUGCCCAGCUUUACAGAAUCUAACUGCAGCCUGUCUUGCAUGCUGUACCUGAAGACUGGCUUAAGUAACUGACAGGCAGUGCUUAUUUGAUAAAUGUCUUAUGAAGUACUGUGCCCAGCUGUAGCUGAAGACUGGCACAAGUAACAGUGACAGGCAGUGCUUGCGAGCUCACCUUUGCUUCACAUCUUGUUGCUCUGGGAUGAUGCUUUUUAUGACCUACAAAUUCUGAAAGCCUAUCCAUCCAUCAGAUUAGCAGUAAAAACUGUGCCUCAAAAGUGCAAAUAACUCAACAUUUUACAUGCAGUGUUCAAAACUUCGCUGUUUUUCUGUCAGCCUGUUUUGCAUUGAGUGUUAAAGGGACAUUGCGAAUGACACUUUUUAAAGGUUGGGAUGACUACUGUGUCUCGGUAUUUUGAGAUAGCUGCUAUCCUGUGUAUAAGUGACCCUCACUCUUGGGACGGUUGGUAAAAUCUUGUCGCAUCAAAGGUCACAUUAAACUUUGCCAUCUGUAUUUGCAUUCCUCUUGUUAAUAGUUUUUAUACUAGAUAUAUUGAAUAGUUCCGUUAAUUGCUAUUGUAUAAAAUGUUAACAAAAAUCCUUAAAACCCAUGCAUUUGCACAAAUAACAAAUGCUGUUAACAUUAUUGUUCCAUGAUCUCACCACAUCCUUAGAUCUAGUCAUUAUGAGCCUAAUGUACAAUGUGCUAGGUUAGAUUACAAUGUUUGGUAUGUUGAGUGUGAUAUACUGUAACACCAAAUGAAGUUCACAAUUUCAAGUUCAAAAAGAUAAUAGGCAAAGACCGUGGAUGGAUUGCAGCAGUAUUUUAUCCCCAUUUAUAAGAUUUUACAAAUUGUCUAUUGGUCUUUGUAAAUAUAUGAAGAGAGAUGAAAUUUUAUGCAACCACCAUAGGCACAAAUUUUAUUUUUUGAGAAUUCUCCAUCAUCAAAAUAGUCUUUUUUUCAAGAUCACUGCUCUCAAACAGUUGAAGGAGGGUUGGAUAGGAACUAUUCUUAUCAGCUGCUGCGAUUUGAUUGAACCAUAAAGAAUUGACAACAGAAUUGUAUAGAUUCAAUCCCUUCAUGAAAAUGUGUUCAUAUGGUUAUACAUUUUAGUUGAUGUAGUCUUGUGGUUGAGAUGGAGGUUAGUGUGCACUUGCAUGUGUGUGUAAUCUGACCUGUGUGUUUUGGCAUCCCAAAGUUAGCUUCACAGGAAGGUGACAAAGCUAAAACUUUUGGUUGCUCAAGGUCAUCACAUUUUAUUUUCCUGUUCACAAAACACUAGCCUGCAUGUAGUGUGGGUAAAGUCUGCAAUAAAAAUUGUUCACUGGUGGCA